AAAAUUCAAACGCUGAACAGGAAGACAAAGUGCAGCCUGCUCUGCGCUCCACUCGCUCAUCACGGAUUGUAAGGACCCGCAGUCACAUUCCGUCGGAUAUUAGACACCCUGAGCUAAGAUGAGUGCAGCCUCCACACCCGUCUCCCGGGUACGCGCAGGAUGGUCCAAUUCCUCCAUGAAGAACAAGGGCCUGUCCCCUGCUGCCUGCAGCACCCCGCUGCUGGCAGCCUUCCCCGGCAACGAUGACGAGCAGGAACGUCGUCAACGCCGAAGGUCAAGAGUCAUUGACCUUCAAAGUGCCUGUGACUCCUCCAUCAAUGACUCUGCGUCUCAUAGCGCCGUAGGGACUCCUGCUGCCGUGCCCAAGUUAUCAAAUGCACAGAUCUCGGAGCAUUACUCCACCUGCAUAAAACUGUCCACUGAGAAUAAAAUCACCACCAAAAAUGCCUUUGGCCUGCAUCUGAUCGAUUACAUGGCUGAUAUUCUCAAACAGAAGGAUUCAGAGCUCACAAACUUCAAGGUUGCAGCUGGCACUUUGGAUGCCAGUACAAAAAUCUAUGCUGUGAGGGUGGAUGCUGUUCAUGCUGAUGCCUACAGGGUGCUGGGUGGUCUGGGAGCUGAAACCAAACCUGGAGAGGACCAUGCUCUGAAUGAGGGGGACAGGGAUGAUGAUGGAGCUGAAGUGACGGCGAAGCAGCCAAAGAAAAAGAGGCCUCCGAAGAGGACAGUGGAGCAGAACCUGAGCAACAUCAACAGCGCUGAGUCUGAGAGGAAGUGUGAGGUGGACCCCAUGUUUCACAGGAUGGCCUCAUCCUUCGAUGAGAGCAGCACAGCCGGCGUCUUCCUGUCAGUUCUCUUCAGUGAGAACAGUCGUUGCGAGUUGCUCUUUCCCUCCUACAUGACCCUCCUACAGUCAAGACCUUCUUAUUCUCCUCCACCUCCACAGGGAGUCUCUGCUUCUCCGUUCAAGGCCGGACUGCAGCGUUCCCAGGAUAAAAGCUCCAUCUGCCCCUCACUGCAGGAUUUCUCCUUCACUAGCUGGAACCCUGAGCAGACAAUGAAUCAGCUCCUUGAGAAGAUGAAUCAAGGAGAUCAUGUGUUUGACGUGAAUGCUGAGCCCGAGCCUGAACCAGAAGAUGAUGAUGGCCCAGACUUUGAUGCAGAUUAUGAGGAAGGAUUUGGCGACAAUGAGGAGGGAUCCAAGGAGCACAAAGAGGGUUGUGAGGCCUCUGGUUCUGGCAAAGGAAGAGAUGUAAUUCCCAUCGGAGAGGGAGACAUCGCCACCAUGUGUAUGCACUUGUCCUCUCAGCCAAGGGAGUAUUCAUACUUCAGCCCCAAGACCAUGGCCACGUGGGCUGGACCAGGCUACUGGCAGUUCAAACCAAAGCACAAAUUGGACCAUCUGCCUGACAAGGAGACACGUAAAAGGAAGCCCAAGAAGACCUUUGAAAUAGAUUUCAAUGAGGAUGUCAACUUUGAAACCUUCUUCCGCACCACAAGGGCGGCCACCACCAACAGUAAGUCUGCCCUCAGUGCCAGCAAUAAGAAGACAACUCUACCAGCAGACUUCCAGUUUCCCCCAGAGACUCUGUCCCAGCUCAGCCUCAAACCCUCCAGCUCGUUGAGUCAAGAAGGCCAGAAGAGGUUGUCUGGAGAGCUUGGAGAAGGUAUCGGAGACUAUGACUACAACAACGCCAACGACACAGCCAACUUCUGUCCAGGUCUCCAGGGUGGUGACAGUGAUGAUGAUGUUGAAGGGUUUGCCGGUUCAGACGAUACACAGCCUUCAAGUGACAGUUUGCCUCCACCAUCUCAAGAUCUGGAGAACAUCUCCACGUAUGGGGAGGAUGAUUUAGUACCCGAACCACACAGGGUCAACAAGAUUGAGAUCAACUAUGCUAAGACUGCAAAGAAAAUGGACAUGAAGAGACUGAAGACCAGCAUGUGGACUCUCCUAACUGAGAGCCCAGAAAAAAACACAGAGGUGGUGGAGACAGGGGAGAAAUCAGAGGUGUGUGGGGAGAAAGUCUUCAGUCAAACUACACAGACGUUGCUUCAAAGAUUGCCUAACACGAUGGCCCAGAACCUGUCGGUCCCUCUGGCGUUUGUCGCUUUGCUUCAUCUCGCCAAUGAAAAGAAUUUGGAGUUGGUGAAGGUGGAUGACAUGUCAGAUAUCAUCAUCAGACAAGGCCGCUGAGAAGAUAUAAUGAUGGGAUGUUUGAUGGAGAAUCACUGCUAUUUAUUUGUGCCAUUCUCUACUUAUUCAUCUCUUUUUACUCUGUGUAAUAUCUGAUGUUUCCCUGUGAUGCUAUCCUGUUUAGGUAUUUUGUUUUUAUUCAUUUUAAAUGAACCACUGAACAAACUAUUCAAAAAAUGAAUCUUGUUUCAGAGUACUUUCCUUUUAUUUUCAUACUAUCAAUGCUUUGUGUAGAUAAUUUAACUCGUCAACCUCUGCAAAAAAAAAAUAUAUUGUCAAAAGAAAUAAA